UGCUGCAGCCCCCAAAUGCUGAAUGUUCUGCCAGUCAAAUUCCGCCACAGACCAGGAACCUUGCGGGAUCUGUUCAUUCUUUGCCACCAGGCUGGAGGUGGCAACUGCUGAGAAGGGGAUCAGGAAGCCGUGGGGUAAAACUGCAAGGAAGGCUCGGCAGAAAGUUAGUGCCAAGAAAAGGUAGUGCUGUGGAGGGGUAGGGAUGCACCCUGAAUUGCUGAGGUCUUCAUGGAGAGCCCUUGUCUUGUUCUUCCUACUGCAGGAGGAGGCGGUGGGAUUGGCUGGGAAGAGACAAGGAACAGGUUGGCCCCAGGGACAUGUAUCGAUGGUGAGAGCAGAGCCUCAGUCCUGGGGGCGAAAGACACGGGAUACCUUACCGGAAGACAAAAGAAAACGGAUCAGUGAAGAUCUCAGUGGAGGAAGCAUAGCCAUUGACACUUUGGCAGACAACGGAACAAAGAUUGUGGAAGACAACCACAGCUACUACAUAUCCCGGAUUUACAGCCUGGGUGAAGUGCGAGCCAAGGAACUCUGGGUGGAGAUGGCGGAAGUCAACAGGAGCCAAGUUAAGAUUCAUGGCAUCCUUUCUAAUACACACAGGCAAGCCUCGAGAGUCAUCCUGUCAUUUGACUUCCCCUUCUAUGGGCAUUACCUGCGGCAGGUCACCAUAGCAACAGGAGGUUUCAUCUUCAUGGGGGAUGUAAUUCAUCGGAUGCUGACAGCCACACAAUAUGUUGCCCCUCUGAUGGCGAACUUCAACCCUAGCUACUCCCGCAAUUCCACCAUCAAAUAUUUCGACAAUGGGACAGUCUUUGUGGUUCAGUGGGACCAAGUGUAUCUAGAGGGGAAAGAAGACAGAGGCUGUUUCAUCUUCCAGGCAGCUCUGCACAAAGAUGGCAGGGUCGUCUUUGGCUACAAGAAGAUCCCCAUGUCGGUCCUGGAAAUUAGUGAUGCACAACACCCUGUCAAGGCCGGCCUCUCUGAUGCUUUCAUGAUCCUCAGCUCCUCCCCUGACGUACCUGAAUCCCACCGUCGAACCAUCUAUGAAUAUGACCGAGUGGAACUGGACACUGGUAAAAUCGCAAGCGCAUCAGCUGUGGAGUUUGUACCCUUGCCCACUUGCCUCCAGCACCAGAGCUGUGAAGACUGCACAACAUCUGACCUAACCUUCAACUGCAAUUGGUGUCAUGUCCUGCAGAGAUGUUCCAGCGGAUUUGACCGAUACCGUGAAGAGUGGUUGGCGUAUGGCUGUGGCCAAGAGUCAGAAGAAAAGACCUGUGCAGACUUUGAAGAGGAUGAACAUUACUAUUCGUCACCCCCCAGCAGCAGUCCCUUCACACUACUCAGAGAAGAUGUCACUACUUCUACUUCCCACUUUGUUGACAGCUUAACUACAGAAGAUGACACCAAGUUGAACCAGAAUGCUGAAGAAGGUUUUACAGAUGACCUCCCUGCAAAGAAAGUGAGAUCCCAGCUGCACACAGGAACAAUUGUGGGGAUCGUCCUGGCAGUCCUGCUCAUCGCAGCCAUCAUCCUUGCCGGCAUCUACAUCAGCAGCAACCCUACCUCCAGUGCUGCUUUCUUCUUCAUUGAGCGGAGACCGCACCAGUGGCCUGCCAUGAAGUUCAGAAACCACACCACAUACACUGAAGUGGAGUCAGCUGGCCAUGAGAAAGAGGGCUUUGUUGAAGCGGACCAGUGCUGAGGAAUACUUAUGUUUUAUUGCUCCUGCGCCUUCAAGGGUCUCCCAAGCCUCAGUCUCUCCUGUUUAUUUCAUGACGAUGACAACUGAAGGAACAGUCAAGGGAGAAAGUUAAAAAGAAUGUCCCAAAAGAGAAUUGCAAUGGAUACAUGAGGACCUAAAUGCAUGGAGAAGUCCUGCAGAUUUGGCAUGUGGCCACUGGAUAGAUCAGCAGGGAAAGCUGCAAUGGAGUCAGGACUAUUUCCGUGGUGGCGACCCACACCACACUGGGUGUUCCACAUGUUGCCAGUCUGUACCUGGUUACAGUGCCAGUGAAAAGCAGGUUCUGCUUUUUGCAGGCGGUGGCCACCAUUCAGACUAUUGUGCUGCACUUGCACAACAAAAUUGCACUAGUGCAAGACAGUUGCAUCGCUGCACAAAACCAUGGGGAUGUUCACAGUUAUACUCUUGCAUAAAGAUUUCCUGCAAAACCUAUGAACAAGAGGUUUCACAGCAGGAUGUGCACCACCUUGCCACACACAUGUUGCACUAAUGCAACACUAGGCUGAAACACAAGUCUCUAACAUUGUGCAUUUAGCCGGCACAACAUCCUUGCACUAGUUGUGCAAGCACAGCAUUAGUCUGGAUGUUGGCCACUGUAACCAGGCAUCACAAUAAUCAGAAAGUUAGCACGUUUGCCUCUGUGUGUUCUGUGAUGCUCCACACAUAGUAAGCCCCCAAAUGGUGGAAAAACGCAAUUUGUGAAGGCAGAAGCUGUCCAAAAAAAGGGGUUGAGAAGGGAAAAUAGAAGAUAUUGAAGUUCACCGCCUUGGGAGAUAACGUUGGGUCUUGUGGAUUAUAAUAUAAUGGAAUGGUUGGUCUGCCUUGCACUGUUGGCAUAUCUCACUGUGGUCACAGCACUUAUCAGAUGCAGCACCUGACAUUUGUGGAUUGUGGGGGAGCUUAAGCUGGGUCUGAAAUGCCAUCGUCAUAUUUAUCUGUAAUGGUGGUAUAAAUUCAAGCUAGGAGAAGGAAAACAUUAAUUAAAGCGGCCUUUCUGUUGACAGUAAUCACCCUAGUUGACAGCUGAGCCAGCCAAGGGAUAAAAUAUGUGCCAAACAUGGCAUAAGACCCUAAAAACAACAACACCACAACUCAUCUUAUUUCUGCUGUGAAUGGCUAAUUCCACUUCACAAUAGGCUCUGGUGUUUAGCUUGAUUUUUAUACAACUGUAAGAGCCAGUUCUGGUCAUUGGUCAGUGGCAGAACAAAACAAGAGAACUUUAUUAGUAGGAAGUAUCAAGGCUUACUUUAUAUUAAUGAUGUGGGGAUGAGAGCUCUGUUCAAACAUUAUGUUGUACAAGUGUACAGAUGUUUGUACACUUGUACAUGUUUUUGUAUGAAUGACUGCACCUGUGUUCUUUUUUAAAGUGAACCUGGGUGCAGGCCCCUCAAAUGCAUGAUACCAGGUAGGAAGUGUACUGCUAUACCUGCGUUCAACAUAACAUGUGAAUAACUGUACCUGUGAACAGAUCUGUACCUGUGUACACUAUACACUCAUUGUGCAAGUGCUGAACAUAAUGUGUGAAUCAUGCGGCUGGUUCUGUUAAUAAAUUCAAAAGUCAUCACUAGAAGCUAGAUUAUCUCCCGUCCCCUGCCCACCACCAUUUCUGAACCCAUGAUCAGAAUCAGGAAUUUAAAUCGGGAGUCAGUAUUUAAAUUGGGAAUCAGAAACCAGUCUGUUAUUUAGGAGUCCCAUGGAACAUCAAGAUACACACACUCUCUCUCACACACACACACAUAAAGAUGCUUCUAGGCAGUGUUUUUUCACGCUUACUUUUGUGGGUUUCCACUUUGAACUGCAUGUGGAAGAGAAACAGAGCUUCCACAUGUAUUGGUUCUCGCAUAUUUCUUUUUUAUUUUCAUGUUAUAUUCCAUGCACACUAAGGAGUGGAACUCUGCCACUUGGUCAUCUAUCCGUCCUCCUGUCCCUCCCACUUCCUUCACCUCCCCGUAGCACUGAUCUUGGGCAUCUGCAGAAAGACAGAGUCCGUCUGCUUUUUUCAGUUUAAAGACUGUUGUGCACUUCCCGUUUAUCAGACUUUCCCCACAUCCCUCCCUUUUGCUGAGUCUUCUCUGACUCCUGUGGAGCUUGGCAGGGUGGUUGUUUAAGUGCAACUGCAUUAGUUAGAGGUACCGUCAUUAAAAAAAAGAAACAGAAACAGACAACAUAAGCAAAUGUUUGCUAUGAUUUUAAGAAUCUCCUACUUCUCUGGACAUUUUGCUGCUUGUUAAUUCCUGAAAUAAUUUAUCUGGCCAAAACUGUCCUUUAAUGACUUGGCUACAAUCCCACACAUGCCUUCCUGGGAGUAAGUCCCACUAAACAGGGUGGCAUUGUCUGACCUGUCCUUUUAAUUUCAUUUGGACUGCUUUGAAUAAUUUUCCUCAUUAUGUCAGUCCUUAUUUUCAAAAAAAUGCUCAUGGGGGAAAUACAGUAGGGGAACAAAGGAGGUAGAGGUGGAUUGAAGUGUAGAUUUGCUGCUUCAGCAGCUGCACUUUUAAAAAUAAAAGAAAGGGAGGGUGAAAGCUCAUAAUAGCAAUAAAGCUCACAUCAGUUUAAAAAAACCUGCAACAGGGAAUGCAACAGUGGCAAAGCUAUAAAGGUGUGAUCAGGUGUGGAAGUAGAGGAGGCGGCAUGCCCUUGAGAGCCAACCCAGAUGUCACCACCUAUGCAGAAAACCACAGGCCACACUAUGGUCUGUCUACAGUGUAGGCCCCCCAGCUGUUUUUGGACUAUACUUCCCAUAAUCCCCAGCCACAAUGGCCAAUAGCCAGGGAUUAUGGAAAUUGUAGGCCAACAUCUGCAGGAGGACCGAAGCUGAGCAGCCCUGGUACACCUUUCUUCAUUGCACAAGUUGUUCCACUAGCAUUUUCAAGUCACAAUAUUUGAGCAACUAAAAUAAAUUGCUACUUUACGGGGAUAGCACAGAUCGCAUAUGGGGUACUGAUAAUGGCCGACCUCCAGCACAACCGUCUAGUGACGGAAGGAAGGUUGCCGAUCCACAAGCAGCCAUCAGUGUCUCUAGAUCGAAGGCUGCUCUGCGUGGCAGAUCAGGCAGGGAGUGGGGAGUGAUUGUCGUGCCCCUCUCCUCCCUCCAAAAAACACUUUCCACUUGUAUAAAUGUGUUCCUGAGGGUCGCACAGCCCUCAGAAACAUAUUUAUACAUGCGGAAAGGGCUUUUGGAGGGAGGAGAGAGACGUGAAAAUCGCUCCCCCCACUGCGCCCUGUCCACUGUGCAAAGCAAUCUUCAGCACAGGGAUACUGAAGGCUACUUGUGGAUCUGCAACGCUCCUUCCAUCGCCAGAUAACUGCACUAGGUGUUGGCCAAUGAUGUGAAGAUGCCUAUAAAAAAAACCCACCAAUCAAUGUUCAUGAUAGACUAAACCGCCAUCUUUAAAUGUCCCAAGUCUUAGAAAAUGUGUGGUUCUUUGGGUUUCCAUUCUUUGCAGAAAGAAUGGCCCCACGAAAGACACUAUGGGAAGAAAAUGGUUGUGUGCUGGCUUCACUAUAAUGCCUCCCAGUCAGACAAAAUGGUGCUGGUGUGCUUCCCUGAAAGUUCUGUUGAACUAUAGCACAAGAAGCACUGUAGGUUUGGGGGCACAGUUGUCAGUCCCAAUUUUUCCCUCCAAUCCCAACCCUUCUUCCGACAGAAAAAUUCAUAGCUUAAUACAAUAUCAUAACAAGUGUUUUUUGAAGUUAUUGUGAAUGUACUUGCAUGGGCCGCUGGUGAGAGCCUGCCUGCACAAGUUUUGCACAUCUUCUGAGGGCCAGUUCAUGCGUUAUUGUAACAAAUGGCUUCUGCCAACCCCACAUCUCCAGGAAAUGUAUGACCAGCUUGUGAUGUGAUUGUAUCACAUUUUGCAUUCAUGCUUUUCUAUUGGCUGCCAUUAAGUGGGGGAGUGGGAAAAUGCCAAGCGUAAUGACAUUACGUCAGCCUUAGCUUAAACAUCACCUGGAAACCCUGGGAAGAGAACUGGGUCGGUGGCAGCGAUAGAGUUACGGUAACGUUUGGCCCUGAGAGUUGCCCAAAGGAUGUCCUCAGGAGCAAAUUAUAUGAUGUACAGUAUAUAAUUGAUUUUGUAUAAUUGUAAAGCAAUAUAAGCGAUGCAGAGACAGACAAACUGGAUUUGGGACUGUUGUCAGGGUCCAAGCUUUCCUUGCUGUGCUGAUUUUUUUUUAAGGAAAAAAAUGUGCAUAAGACACAACACAGCUCAACUUUGCAUCCAAAUUGAUCUUCCUAAGAAUAGUGCUGGACAUGCCAGACAUACUGCAUAAGGAAAUGCAGGCGGUUGGAGCACCAUUUGUGCUGCUGUGUCUGUGUAAACACUGCCGACAGUGUUGUAGAACAAGGCAGUUCCCUCCAUUGUAAAGUUGCGCAAACACAGUUGCAGAACACAACACCCAUUAUUUCCAAUGAUGUCCCACUUUAUGAUGGACCAGAACUGCCCUGUUCUGCAACACUGUUGGCAAAGUUAACACUGAUGCAGCAGCAGCAGCAGCAGCACGGACAAUGCUCUGCCUAUGUUUCCUUGCUCAGUAUGUCAGCCAAUGGAUAUAUUGCUGUUCAUUUAUCACAGCUCUUGGUAUUCCAGGUAAAAUGGAGCAGGAAUUGAAAGAGAUGCUUGAGACAAAAGAAUGAGGUACUAUAUUUGUCCACCCAGCAUUCUUGGGUAAGAGUGGUCCAUAGUCUUAAAGAGUAAAAGGGGGAUUUAAUGAAGAGAAGCAGAACAUGAGAGCUCUGGUCUUCCUCUCCAAUAAGGAUGUGCCUACAUAGGAAUUCUACAAGCUAUUGUUUGAGCACUUUAGUGCUGAACUGAAAAUGCAAAAGCUGGUAUUGUGUUCUGAUAGUGAAUCUCAGUGGUGGCCCAACAGUCUCCACCCCUCCUCUUCUGGAAGAUACAUGGCUGGCUAAAGAACCAGUGCAUGAACAUUGCAGGAUUUAGAUGCGUUGAUCGUAUCUGAUCCUGUUAACAGCCCCAUGCAGCAACUCCCUAAAUCAAUGACCCAUUCAGUUAACCUCCACAGGGAGCAGGAUCUGAGCAACAAAUUAAUUAUUUCUCAGUGAUUCAAGGUCUAAUUUCUUUCUAUAUACUUGAAUUUACAGCAUAAUUCAAUUUCAGGUGAUGGGGCGGGAAAGCUUGAGGCAGUAUGUUUAGUAUGGAUAGUCUGCAUGGAAUGCAGUGUUGAUAACUAAUAUAUAUAUAUUAUAAAAUAUUGAUAUUUACUUGUACUUUUUGGGACUGCUUUGGUUUUCAGAAUAAAAAUGAGCAAAGAUCAUGA